AUGAGCUAUCCGUCCUUCUCUGGUGUCGGUGGCGGCGUCGUCAGCAUCCCCCCCGCGGCGGUAACCACCACAACCACCAUAACGGCAACAGCGGCGGUAACCACCACAACUGGAGAUGCAUUAGUCCUGCCCCGCGGCGGAGGCGGAGGCGGAGGAGGUGGGCCGCUGGCCCCCCUUCCCCCCGGCACCUCUCAAUCAACCACCAACCACCACAACCACCAUUAUCAGUGGACACGGGUGGACCUCCAAGGGGCUCCUCCUCCCCCCCCGCCGAACAGCGUCUCACAACUAACCGACUGGCAACUUCCCCUUCCCCUCAACUCUGCUCUUUACACGGCUUAUCCGUCGCCUCCUCUUUUGCCUCCUGCGCCGCCGCCGCCGCCGCCGGAACUAGCCUGGCGGCCGUACCAGAUUUUUCAGCAGCAGCAGCAGCUAGGGCAUAAGUCGGCGGUGCCGGCGGCGGCGCAGGACCAGCAGCAGCAACAUCAUGUGUACGGCAGUACGGCGGCCGGCGUUGACCUGGCGGCUGCAGCGGAGCGAGGAUCCGUGCCGUAUGGGCACCAGUCAACUGGGGGGCCGAUGGCCAUGGUUUCCUCGUACGGCGUGAUGAGUCCCUCAGAAUCAAGCGGAUCGCUCGCGCAGUACGGCAUGGGCAGCGGAGGCGGCGGUGGCGGCGGCGCAAUGAUGAUGGGGGGACCUGGGUCCCUGUGCGCUUCACUGCCGUACUACGUGCGGCGUCCGCCGAUUGAGGCGGUUGUGUUCGGUUGGGGCGUCAGCGAGGAUGGGCAGUUGGGGGUCGAGGAAAGAGAAAACGUCGUCGCGCCGAAGGUGGUGGAGGCGCUGUUGGGGGUGCAGAUCAGUGGGAGAUCCUUUUGCCGUACACCGCUGGUGGCAGGGUCGCGGAACACAAUGGCACUGGACGCGGCGGGGCAGGUCUGGUCGUUCGGUUGGAACGACCGAGGCACUCUGGGUCACGGACAUCGAGACGUGGAGACCAAACCCAAACGCAUCCCGGCACUCAAGGGAAUACGAAUCGUACAGGUAGCUAUCGGCGGUUGGCACUGCCUUGCCCUGUCGGAUCGCGGUACGAUGUUCGCCUGGGGGGGUAACGAGUACGGCCAGUGCGGCAGUGUACUGCCUGGGCAACGGGAUAUUACGGAGCCCAUGCCGGUGGAUUUGGGGCUGGGUCCUAGUCAGAGAGUACGACAAGUCUCCGCGGGUGGAAUGCACUCGCUGGCGUUACUCGAGGACGGAAUGGUGUGGCAGUGGGGGGAGAACUGGGGGGACUUCUCAAUGAGGCCCGUCCGUACACCCCGUCCGGUUGCCGUACAUCCGGAUGAGGGCGGAGUGGCUGCCGUAUCCUGCGGGGCGUUUCACAACCUGGCCCUCACCGCGCAGGGCCGGGUUCUCAGCUGGGGCAUGAACGACUACGGGCAGUUGGGUAACGGCUCUACGACGUACGCCACGACACCCCGUCCCGUGCUGGACAUGGAGGGAGUGGUGGUGGCGGACAUAGCCGCGGGUGGCUGGCACAGCUGCGCGCUCAGCAGUGCCGGGGAGGUGUGGGUGUGGGGCCGAGGGGAGUACGGCAGAUUGGGCUUGGGCGACAGAUCCGGCUCGUCCAAAUUACGGCCGCAGAAAGUUCGAGGACUUGAAUCGCAUGUUGUCGUACAGGGGCGGUGGGUGAUGGCGGAGGGCCAGGAGGAGAGGGGUGGGGGCCGGCACAGCAUCUGUCUGGCCAUACCCGUACGGGAUACGGCAGCAUCGGGAGGGCUGGCGUCCGGAGAGUACGAUGGAGAGUACGACGGGAUGAUGCCGCCGUUCCGUAGGACAAACGCCGUCGCGUCGGCGGCCUCUGCGAACGCCAUCGCGGCGGCGGCGGCGGCUGCAGGUGGUAUGAUGGGUACGACAGGGAUGCCGCUGCAGCGGCUGGAGUCCGGGCCCGUCGGUUUUGGGUCCGUACUGCCCCACUCAUUGCAGUCAUUGCAUUUGUCGUACAACCGCACAGCCAUCGUGGAGUCCGACAACUUGGACGGUUUCAGUGAGCCCAGUUUGUACGACAGGUAUGUGGUGAUGGUAAUUUACACGGCUUUCCAUGGUUAUGUACGACUUGUACGGCUAUACCGCCUCCUGUUCGGAUGCGGUUUGUGGAGCGCCCUGCCGGAAUGGCCGUCACCGGGGGUUUCCAGCGGCGGUGGCGGCGGCGUAACGCGCUCGGCCGAUAGCGGCUCGGUGCUGGCGCCGCCGCCAACGCCGACAGACCCCCUGCCGGCGGCGCCGCAGUCGCCGCUACCGCCAAGCGGCUCCAGGGCUGCCUCCGUCACUAGCAGUACGGCGGCCGGCGGCUCGAGCAGCGGCGCGGCGCCGCCGUCGCCGCCACCGUCGGUGGCCUCGGGAUCCAGGGCUUCUUCAGUUGCGGCGGCGGCGGCGGCGGCGGCGGAGGCGGCGGAGGAGUUCAACGACGGCAGUGGUACGGGAGAGGAGGAUCUUUGCGCCAACCUGGAUGCGCAAGAAGAUGACACCGAUGAAGACCUGGUGUACGACAACAGUGGUGUCGUACAGCAUCCCCGCAGCCCCUCUCUAAUGUCCCGUCCCCGAAGUCCCCCUCUCCCCCUGAGCCCGCGCCGCCCGGGAUCCUUCAAUACACAUGGUGGUAGCGGCGGCGGGGGCGGUUCGCGCUCGGGGUCGCCUGCCUUGAUGGGAGUUGGCAGCGCUGGCGGUGGCGGCGGAAACCUCAGCGGAGGCGGCAUAUCUGGGUCGCCAUCAAGCCGUGCGUUGCUGUCGUCAUCGUACGGCUCGCCACGGCUGCCGUCAGCGAUGCCGCCGUAGGUGCUUAGACAGUGCAGUGGUUGGCGUUACGAAUGUGAAUGAGUGGUCGUUAUGUCGUUGUCAAAAGGAGGUUACACGUACGGCGGUUACAUGGCGAGGAGAGAACUAGGGCGGUACUGUGGGGUUUGCUUCCAUUUACUGUACGGCAGUUGUGGCGUCGGCGGAGCUGGAGCUCCCCGCGGCCCUGAGCGCUAGCGACGGCCUCCCCUCCCCUCUCCUCCCCUGUCCUCUCCGCCCCUCUCCUCCCGGUUGCCGCUGCGCAGUCAGCGGCGAGUGUGUGUGAGUACCUGUAUGGACCUGUGUGUGAACCUCAGGCUUAUUCCUCGCGUGUCUAUGAGCCAGCAAGUCCUGAAAGAUUCAUCCUGAAAGGUGGUGAUGAUGAUGAUCAUCAUCAUCGUUUUGCAGGUUUAUCUUUCCUAUCCGACAUGAGACAUGAUGUCGAAAUGUUCGACUGGGAAAUGGUCAUUAAUUUGACCCCCCCCCCCUCGGGGUGUGUGCAACGAUCUGAUCGACAGCAAAUGAGG